CAUUUGAAUUUAACCCCUAUUGCUUUCUUGUUACCUCAGCAGCUGAGGGAUUGAAAUAUUAUGAUUUGGUUGAGGGAAAGGGUCCGGUAGCUGAGAAAGGAUCAACGGUUGAGGUUCACUUUGACUGUUUAUAUCGUGGGAUUACGGCUGUAUCAAGCAGGGAAUCUAAACUCUUGGCUGGAAAUCGUAGUAUUGCCCAGCCAUACGUGUUCAAGGUCGGAGCUCCUCCUGGGAAAGAACGAAAGCGUGAGUUUGUGGACAAUGCAAAUGGUCUAUUUUCUGCACAAGCUGCACCAAAACCCCCUCAAGCAAUGUACUCGGUAACUGAGGGGAUGAAAGUAGGGGGGAAGCGAACUGUGAUUGUUCCUCCUGAGGCUGGGUACGGUCUAAAGGGCAUGAAUGAGAUCCCUCCUGGAGCGACAUUCGAGCUAAAUUUGGAGCUUUUGCAAGUGAUUCCACCUGAAGGAAAGUGAGCCUGAUGUAGGAGGUUGUGAGAAGUUCAUG